UUAAGUUAAAUUAAAAUAAAAUGAAUGUGUUUGUGCAAUGUUUGUGAAUAUCAGAAAUUUAGGGUUUCGAUUUUGAAACAAAAUGAAUUGUUCGAAUUCUUAGUUCUUACCCUUUUACUGAAUUUGACCGUUGAGCUUCUGCUUCUGUGAAUCAAUGGCCAACUUGUUGUUCGAUUUCGCACUUCGCCGUCGUUCCAAAUUCCAGAAUUUGGGGUUUUUCUGUUCUUCUAAUUUUUGUAGAAAUUAGAUUUCAAUUUUGCUACAUUUUGUGGGUAUGGUAUAUGUCAUUUGAAGGUACGAAUACGACCUCUUUGUCAGAGAUCACAGGAGCCUUAGGUUCUAGAAUCUGAUAAUUUGGUUGAACAGUUGCUACUCUUUAUUGUAGCUUGCUGGAGAAACCAGAUUGAAACUGUUAGGAUAAUAUAAUGGAUUGCAACAAAGAUGAGGCAGUUAGGGCUAAGGAUAUUGCUGAGAGGAAAUUCACUGAAAGAAACUAUGCUGCUGCUAAGAAGUUUGCAAUGAAGGCUCAAAACUUGUAUCCUGGGCUGGAUGGUCUGUCCCAAAUGCUGACAUCACUCGAUGUUUAUGUAUCUGCAGACAACAAAAUUGGUGGGGAAGCAGAUUGGUACGGCAUACUUGGUGCAAAUUCCUGGGAUGAUGAUGAGACAAUUAAGAAACAGUAUAGAAAGUUGGUUCUUGUGCUUCAUCCGGAUAAAAACAAAACUAUUGGUGCAGAGGGUGCAUUUAAGUUAGUUUCAGAGGCCUGGAGUUUGUUAUCGGACAAGGCUAAGAGACUAGCAUAUAAUCAAAGGAGGAAUUUAAGAGGAUCUCAACAGAAAGUUUCAGCCCAAACUGGGGGUCCGUCGGUAGUAUCUGCUGCAAAUGGUCGUCAACACUCUACAAAUAAUGUGACUUCUAAAGUUAAAACUCAGCAAACUAACUCCCGGAAAAGUUCAACUCCAGUUCCUCCCUUUAAGAAGAACGAUACAUUUUGGACUAUUUGCAAUCGGUGCAAAACACAUUAUGAGUAUCUUAGGAUUUAUCUAAAUCACACUCUUCUCUGCCCCAAUUGUCAUGAGGCUUUUAUGGCUCUAGAGAAGGAUCCGCCUCCAAAUGUUUUUAAGCAAUCCAAUUGGCCAUCUCGUCAAAAUCCAAAUGCAGGACAGACUGCUGCCAAUAGCAACACGAUUAAUUUUGGCAAGAACUUUCCAGGUACUCAAAAUGUAGCACCUGGGGUGUCUAUGGGUGCCAAUUCAUUCAAUAAGCCAAAUUACCAGUGGGGUUUCUCCAAAACAACAGGUGAUCGUAGCUCAGUAGCAACAUCCUCUGCCGCUGCUCAAGCUGCAAGUGUGGUUCAACAAGCAAGUGAGCGGGUGAAAAGGGAGCGCGAGGAAAGGCAGUCAGCUGCUGAUUGGGAGAGGAGUCAUCCUUUCAAGGGUACAGCUAAUCCUUCUGCUAAAGUAGAUAGACCAUUGAAAAAGAGAAACUUGGAAAACAAUCUCAUGAAUGGUGUCAGGGGCUUUGUUUCUAAUCAAAUGGCCACAGGAAAUGGAGUAGAUGGUGUUGGUGGUGCAUAUGAAAUUAAAAAAGGGAAUGCUGAAAUGAAUAAGACAUUUGAAACUUUUGGAACUUAUGGCAAGUCUAACAGCUUCAGAGAGUUGUCAUAUCCUGAAACUAAGAAUAUGCUUAUGGCUAAGGCGAGAACCAAAAUUCGUAGUAUGCUUGAAAUGUGGAGAACAAUGAGUGUAGCAGGCACUGAAAGCAGGGAAAAGGAGAGAGAGAAGGAAAAAGAUAAAGUGAAUAAAAAGCAGAAGAAGGUGGUGAAAGGUGACAAAGAGAGCUCGAGACAUGGCAACUAUUCUGUUACCAGUAAGAAACAUGUUGCUGGUAAGUUCGCUGAUGAUACAGAGAUAGAGGGAGAGGCCCGCUCACCUGUUUCAAUCAAUGUUCCAGAUCCUGACUUUUAUAAUUUUGACUUGGACAGAACUGAAAAUUCCUUUGGAGAGGAUCAAGUCUGGGCUGCUUAUGAUAAUGAUGAUGGGAUGCCACGGUUUUAUGCUCGGAUUCACAAGGUUCUCUCUCUAAAGCCAUUUCGGAUGCGGAUCAGUUGGCUUAAUUCAAGGAGCAAUAGUGAAUUGGGUCCCAUGGACUGGAUAGGUUCUGGUUUUACCAAAACAAGUGGGGAGUUCAGAAUUGGGAAGCAUGAAAGUACUGGGACAUUAAAUUCUUUCUCUCACAAAGUCCAUUGGACAAAAGGCCUGCGUGGAGCAAUCAAGAUAUAUCCCCAAAAGAGUGAAGUUUGGGCCCUUUAUAAAAAUUGGUCAGCCGAGUGGAAUGAAGGAACUUCAGAUGAAGUGAUACAUAAGUAUGAGAUGGUGGAAGUACUUGACUAUUUCAAUGAGGAACAAGGUGUCUCUGUUGCUCCUCUAUUUAAGGUUUUUGGUUUCAGGACAGUGUUCCGUAUGCACAUGGAUAAGAAAGAAGUCAGGAGGGUUCCCAAAGAAGAGAUGUUUCGGUUCUCGCAUCAGGUCCCUUAUCACCUACUAACGGGUGAAGAAGCUGAUAAUGCUCCAAAAGGAUGUUAUGAAUUAGAUCCAGCAGCUACUCCUUUGGAACUAAUUCAGGAGACCACGGAAGCUAAAGAAUUGCCCCCUGUGGAGAAUGGAACAAGAGUGGCGGAGCAGAUGCCUCCAAGUUCUCCAAGUAGAGAAGCAGACGAAACGAAGAACAUUGCUUCCAGAAGUGAGGAAGCAAAGGUAACAACAGCAAAUGGUGCAGAAACCAAGAAUGACAGAUAGCAAUGCGUGACAAGGUAGCCAGAUACUUUGAUGAGUUUUAAUACUUAAGCAAGAAAGGAAGAACAUAGGAGGGUGAAGAAGAAUGCAGAAGAAAAAGAAGAAGAAGAAGAAGAUAUUUUGAUUUAAAUGGGUUUUGUUAUUUUGAGCCUCUAACCAAAUGUACAUAAUGCUUCUUCUUGCCGUCAUUAUUUAGACAAUGAUCCAUAGCUUUCGGAUUUUUGUGGGCUCUAUAACGCUGGGAGUGUUUUUUAAGUUUUAUGUAAAGAAAAUCAUGCAUGGUUAUACACUGACUGACGGUAAGUUUUGUCAGGGUUUUCUUUCUGAGAUAUGAAGAUAAUAUAGGAUCAAUGACUGUUACAUAGGUGGGAUGGAAUGGUAUUGUUUCCUGGACAACUGGGAUUGAUUCCUCUUCGAACUAAAAUGAAGAAACUUUUUUUGAUUUUUUCCAGAUUAGGUA